UUUCUAUGUCCCGGACAUUAUUGGUGUGUUGAAUCGUUGCAGCGUAACUUGUCUUUGGUCAUCAUUAUGCGCUGUGCGGCUUUCAUAAUAUAAUUGAAGCACAGUGUAGAAGCCAGGAAAGUGGGGCAAGAGAACGAUGUCAGACGACAAGGUUGCUGUAGUGUUGUACGACUAUAAUUCUAAGCAGGAUGAAGAGUUGACAAUAAAGAAGAAUGAAAAGUUGAGCGUGCUCGAUGACUCAAGGACUUGGUGGCUUGUACGCAAUGAGCGAGGACAGAGCGGUUAUGUUCCAUCCAAUUAUGUUCGCUUAGAGAAGAAGAGCAGUGGAGGACUGAUGGGCAAACUGAACAACAUGAUGAAACGUACAGUAGCGAGUAGUAAGCAAGAGCCAUCUGACUCAGCUGCAACUUACCAACAGGUUGAUCUUGUGAGAACUCCAUCACAGUCUAGUGCGCCUCAAGGGAGCAAGAAUAUUGCCAUUGCCAAAUAUCAGUAUGAUGCUGCAAGGGAAGACGAAUUGUCAAUACAGAAAGGUGACCACAUAAUUGUAGAAGAGAAAGAAGAAGAUGGUUGGUGGAAAGGAGAAUGCAGGGGCUGUUCAGGAUGGUUUCCUUCCAAUUAUGUUGAAGAGGUUGUACAGGCUAGCAUCACUCCAACUGAUGGGUCUGUUAGUUCAUCGCAAUCGCAAGAUGACCAUUCAAUGUUCAUCUGUGUUGUUCGAGCUUUGUAUCCAUUUAACAGCGGAAAUCCCGAGGAAUUACCUUUUCAAAGAGGAGAUUUGAUGGACAUUGUUGAUCAACCAGCCAAUGACCCUGAUUGGUGGGAGGCAGUGAAAGCAGAUGGAACUCGUGGAGUUGUACCUCGUAACUAUGUAGACGUAAUUCAUGAUGCUGUUCCUGUUUAUCCUCCACACAAGAAAAAUUUCAGAGUUGUUCCUGAUGAAAUAUUGGGUAUUGGUGGCCAUGCUGCAGCAAGUCUUGAUGGCUUCCAUUCGGAAGAUUGGUUUCAUGGCAAGAUCUCAAGACAACUAGCUGAGCAAUUGUUCUACGUAGCAAACAUAGGAGACUUCUUGGUGAGAGAGAGUGAAAGUGCGUCUGGUGACUACUCUAUUUCAAUGAAAGCUCCUGGAAAAGUGAAGCAUUUCAAAGUGAAAUCUCUUGACUCAGGGAAACUUGGAAUUGGUCAGAGAAAAUUCAACACAAUGGAAGAGUUGAUAGAGCACUAUAAGCAUGCUCCUAUCUUCACAACACCCGAUGGAGCGAAGUACUACCUGGUUAGACCUUUUCCUAGACAAUAGUUUGUCUACUGAGAUGACUUGCUCUUAGUGACACUAACUGAUAGUUUAUUAGUCACAAUUGGGUGAGAGACAUAUACAGGGGUGCAUAUUUUGGUGGUGAAGUGAGCUGCUGUUUUACUUGCUUUUGGCAAACAUAGUCUUUUGGCAAAUUAUCAACAAUAAAAUAUGUAGAGUGUGAAUGGUUGAAUUGGUGCAGUGAAUUUAUGCAGUUAUACUGUGAGACUAAAGUCUGUAGUUGUGCUAUCAAAUAUAC